AUCGUACAAUAUUUUUUUAUUUUACUUUUGAAUUGUGAUAACCAUAAAAUGUUAUAUACUCCCUACUAAGAUUUGGAAAAACAAACGCCAGUAUGUGCCAACGUGAUUUGAUUAACUUGGGAUAUUAGAAAAGAAAUCCCAAGAUUUCGAAUGUUUAUAUGAAUCCAAAAUAGAGCACAUUCAUCAAAUCCAUCGGCCAAUGGCAUUGCCCAAAAUCGACCGUUGUGACAUAAAUGCAAACACAAUAGAGAAGUUUACAGAAAAAGAGUUCCUUUUGAGUGAUACGUUUUAAUUUCCUAUGCUUGUGGAAGUAACUCCUCAUUUUUGGUUUAUGUCGCAAAAAAAUUAGAACUUUGUCGAAGUUUAGCGUGGUUUGUUCUGCUUUGUGUUAAAUGUGGUGAAAUUAUUUGAAUCAAAUAUCAAAUGUGUAUUUCUGGAUUAUUACAUUUAUUUUUAUUUCUUGCUGGUAUUUUCAAAUCCAAAUGUCAAGACCACCAUACGAUUGAUAAAGAAUGCCCAAUCUUCGAGUUCGAUGGGUCACUGCCCCCGGGCUGGACUCCUUCUGGCGAGGCUUUCUCCCGACAACCGGUUUUUAUGAAAGAGAUUUCAGGUCUGCCCGCGAAUUCCUGGCUCCUAGACUCAUCGCGACUUGAGCCGCACUUUCCGUGCGACCGCGACCUGCCCGCGACUCGACACGAUAUAAAAGGAACCCUCACAUCGCCUGAGUUUCUGAUUCGACAUGUCAACAUUAACUUCCUUAUUGCAGGUGGCUGCAAUUCUAGCAAAGAGCGCGUGGAAUUAUGGAUCGGCAACACCACUGUUGCCACAGCAACAGCUGACUGCACAGUCGGCAUGACGGAGAAGCACUGGCACCUACAACAGGGUUACCAUAAUAAGAACGCGAGCAUACGACUGGUGGAUGAUGACGUCACCAGUCCUUGGGGAUAUAUCAGUCUGGGAAGAGUUACUUUCGAAAAACGCUGCGAAGAUUUGCCUCCUUGCUUGAAUGACCAGCCUCAUUGCCGUGGCAAAACCGAGGCGUCAGGUGGUCUGGUUUGCCACUGUCCUACAGACAGCCGCGCAGACGCAGUGGCCUCAUCAGUGUGCGGAACUAACUCCAGCUGCCUCAUCCCCGGAGGGGCUUGUCAAUCAUACUGCAGCAGUAACGUCACAGCCUGCACCUGUAGUAAAUGCGAGUGUGUCAGCGGUUAUCUGUAUAACGCCACGAGUCAUUCGUGUAGUGAUGUAGAUGAGUGCGCGAUGAAUUCCGGGGGAUGUCAGUACGCAUGCGUUAAUACGGAUGGCGGGUAUCAUUGCGCGUGCGCCGAUGGGUACGAAGUGUCGGGCGAUGGGAAGACUUGCGGCGACAAAGACGAGUGCAAGGUUAACAAAGGUGGCUGUCAGAAUGCGGAGUGUGUGAAUUCUCAGGGGAGUUUCGAUUGCAUGUGUCAUAAUGGUUGGGUGCAUAGCCCGGAUAAUAGGCUAUUGUGCGUGGAUCGUGACGAGUGCGCGGAGGACACGAGUGCACGCCUAUGUGGAGACACGCAAGUCUGCAUCAACACCGAGGGGUCGUACAAAUGUGGAUGCCGGCCCGGCUUCUUGCUCCUUUCGGAUCAGCGAAAAUGUAUCGAUCAGGACGAAUGUGCGGACGCAAACGGUGGCUGCGCUCACGACUGUCACAACACACAGGGAUCCUUCUCGUGUUCGUGUCGGUCCGGCUUCGCGCUGGCAUCGGACAAGAGAGCCUGCCGAGACAUUGACGAAUGCAAGACGAACAAUGGAGGAUGCUCUCAGCGCUGCCUUAAUACAAAUGGCAGUCGCGCAUGCGCAUGUGAUGCGGGGUAUGAUCUUGAGGCUGAUGGGGUCACGUGUGUGGAUAUUGACGAGUGCAAAAAAGGCGCGAAGUGUCAGUAUUCCUGUACCAACACCAACGGGAGCUUCUAUUGUUCCUGUCGCCAUGGUUACGCUCUACAGGCCGACAAUACUACGUGCGCUGAUAUCAACGAAUGCGUGACCAGUAACGGAAACUGCAGUCACACAUGCGUGAACUGGGAAGGAGGGUUCAAUUGCACAUGCGCGGAAGGAUACGCCCUUACUUACGGCGGAUAUGAGUGUGUGGAUAUAGACGAGUGCAGUUCAAAGCCAUGUGACCACACCUGCCGCAAUACGAACGGAUCAUUUGUUUGUUCGUGCCGUGAAGGGUUCAGGCUUCUGUCGGAUAACACGACAUGCAGGGACAUCGAUGAAUGCGAAGAGUUGAAAAAAACAAGUCUUUCAUGCGGUCAGCGGUGUCUCAACUUUCCCGGGGGAUACAACUGUACUUGCAACAGCGGUUUCAUAUUGAUCCCCGACAAUCGGACAUGUAAUGACACCGACGAGUGUCUAGACUCCAACACGUGCCAACAGACUUGUACGAACCUUCCAGGAUCCUAUAGAUGCUCUUGUUACAAGGGGUACGAGUUGGACUUAGAUGGAAAAACAUGCUCAGACAAAGACGAGUGCAAGACCGGAAGUAAUUGUAGUCAAUUAUGCACAAACACGGCGGGAGGUUACCAAUGCUCCUGUCACCAUGGAUACGUGUUAUCGGCAAACCAGCACGCAUGCGUGGAUGUUGACGAGUGUGCACGUGUUCAUGGGUGUCAAGACUCGUGCUUGAACUCGCCGGGGAGCUACAAGUGCGCAUGCUCCGAUGGCAAACUGCUGGCUAUGGAUGGGAAGUCGUGUAAAGAAAUGGUACCCGUGACUAAGGCGAUAGACGAAGCCCAAAAAGACAUUGAGGCAUCCGAGAACACAGAGCAGCUGACCUUCAUCACCAAAAGUCUGCUAGACGUCCUUCAAGACCAGCAAAACAUGACCACCAAAGAAGUUGAAGAUACCGUAUCCGUCAUGGACAAUAUUACUCAUAAGCUAACCAGUCACGUGCCUGAGUCUGCCCAAGUGAUAAAAAAUCUUGUUACAAAUUUCGUCGGCAUCAUGAUCCACGUGCUGGCACCUGAGAAGGUGGAAUUGAUGAAGACAGAUAAAGGGGUCAUGUACACUGUGCCUCAGAAGGUAGAAGAGAUGAUGGAAGUCGCGUACUCAAGAGUCAGGAACGACAGUAAAUCCGAACUAAGCGUUGAUAUUACCGGGGAUGUCUUGGAUGUCAAGUUAACAGUCACCACACAGAGCGCGUUUCAUGGCUAUCAUUACCACGUGAAUUCCACAGGAAACGGGCUCACGGUGCCGCGCUCCGUCGUGGAUGGCAUGAGCGACAGCGAUUACAUAUGCAUCAGCGUUGUGGUUUUCAAGACACUCGGAGACGUAGAACCUAGCGACAAGGAACCGCAGCCAAGCAAUAAGCUGACUCUGCGGUCAGACAUCAUCAACCUACAGUUAAUUAACGUGAACAAGAGCAAAUUGAGCAAUCUGAAGGAACCUAUUCAACUCCGCUUCUCGAACUCGAUGCCAUUUUUAUCAGGCACGCCAUUAUGUGGUUUUAUCGAUGAAACGGCCGCUGCGAUGAAAACAGGGGACCUGUGGUCUGUGGCUGGUUGCAAGGUAGCCUCCACCAGCGCUAACCACACGGUAUGCGAGUGCAGUCAUCUGACCAGCUAUGGACUGCUCAUGGACGUACAUGGCAUCUAUGAUGAUCUAUCGGACGCGGAAAAGGACGCGCUCAAGUACAUCUCCCUUGUAGGGUGCAUCAUCUCUAUCGUGUUUUGUGGUCUUGCCAUCCUCGCUUUUACCCUGGCCAUGAAUCGCCCGAUGGAACGCAAGGGUCGAGUUGAGACUUACGUGCUACACGUCAACCUCGUGACGGCUAUAGGCAUCUCACAGAUUUGCUUUAUCAUCGGCACAUUCACCGUGGGGGCAGACUUGAUCACGUGUCGUGUGGUGUCCAUCUGCACGCACUACUUCCUCAGCGCGUCAUUCAGCUGGAUGCUGGUAGAGGGAAUAAACGUCUACAACAAGAUCGUCAAAGUUUUCAGCACGAGGAAAUACAGCAAGUACUACUUCACCCUUGGAUGGGGUCUCCCUGUUAUCCUUGUGACCGUGACGGCUGCCGUGGCCUUCGACAAAUACGGCCCAGGAAAGAUUUGCUGGCUAUCACAGGAUAUCAUUUGGGUUUUCGCGGCGCCAGUCCUUGCUGUUAUCGUGGCCAACUCAUUCGUCCUGAUGUCCAUCAUCUACGUUCUUGUCCGCAAAACCAUAAAUAUCAAGGCAGGACCCAACAAGAACGACGAAACUACCAAAGUCAGGCGCAGUGUGAAGGUGAGCGUGGUGCUGUUGCCGCUGCUAGGAAUCACGUGGGUGUUUGGAUUUCUCGCCGUCGACAAGAAUUUGAUCGCGUUCCACUUCAUCUUCGCCAUCGUCAACUCGCUUCAGGGCCUUUUCAUCUUCAUCGCACAUUGCUGGAUCAACGAUUCGGUGAAAUCCGCUCUCCUAGACAAGCUACCGUCCAUUCCAUUGAAGACUAAGUACAACAUCAAGAAACUUCGUGGUGGCAGCGGCACAAGCCAACAGAACACCAUGGACACCAGCGCCAACUUCGACACCGUCAACAACUCCGUCACCGCCCCUGUACACAUCACCAUGUCUACCGUUCAGCUGCUUAAUUUUGGACGGGCCGCAAAGGAGAAGAGGACAUCUGCCCGGUCAUCGGACACGGAAAUACACGGGAUUGAUAACGCCAUCCCAGGCACUGCAUAUGAUGAACUGUAGCGUGUACAUGUAGAAUAGUAAGCUAUACUGUCAGUAUUUUAACAAUAAUUUAGCGAAAAUAGUACGUGUCCUUAAAAGUUGAACAUAAAUUAUAUCUAAGGAAAUAAAAGUAGAAAUCAUCUAGUGUGA